AUGAAGAACCCAGACCCCAAAAAAAUUCAUCAUAUAAGGAGCCCCUCCCCCUCCAAUCAUUCUGAUGUUGGGGGUGAGUCCUGGCAGGAUAGCUCACCUUCAUCUCCAAGGAACCAGUCCAUAAGGAGCCCCACUCCCUCAUCCAGGAGCCCCUCUCCCUCAUCCAGUCAUUCCGGGAACCACAGAGGAGGCUCUCGUCCUGGUGGUCCUCCCAGAGCCUCAAACAGCCAGUCCAUAAGGACCCCCUCUCCCUCAUCCAGUCAUUCCGGGAACCACAGAGGAGGCUCACAUCCUGGUGGUUCUUCUCGAAGUUCAAACAGCCAGUCCAUGAGGAGCCCCUCUCCCUCACCCAGGAACCACAGAGGCUCCCGUCCUGGUGGUUCUCCUUUAGCUUCAAACAGCAUCAGGGCCCGCUCCCCCAGAGAGAGGAACAGUGUAUUCCCCAUGGAAAAUGACAAAUUCCAGAGAUGUGUGAUGAAAAAAUUGGUGGAGAUCAUGGAGGUGGUGAAAAGAAUUGAGGCGGACCACCAAAGGGGAGGGACAUACCUAUUAAAAACCAUGUUGACCAUGGACGAGGUCCUCAUGUUAGAAGACAAGCUCAAUCAGGAGGAGGAGAGACAGGCUCUGUUGGCACAGUUAAGCAAGGUCGGGGGGGAAGGACAUAAAAGACUGUGUUGCAAAAAUUUUGAACAGAUUGAUGACGAAUGGCCUUAUGUCCCAUUUCAAUAUGAUGGGCCAUGGUGGGAAGACAGCUUUUAAAGCAAUGACUCUCUAUGGCGUCCUAACAGCUGCUGUUGAAAAAUGGAGUGAAAGGGCCACCGACCAUGACAUCGGGAGAGCUGUGGCAGACCAAUUAAAACAUGCGCCUGGACGCUCCGGUGGUGGAGGCUUUAAGAACAAUUAAUAAAGGGAUAAAGAAAGCAA